ACGGAUAUCACUCACUGGCCUGCAGACAGGAGUCAUGAGUCACCUGCUUGGAACUGAACAAGCCUCAGAACCCAGGAAAGCCACAGCAAAAACCCAGUCGCAGCUCCAGCUCUGUUUCAGUAAUGCAGCAGGACAACACCUGCUGGUGUUUAGCCCUCAACAUGCUUCCCAGAAGCAUCUGAAGGCCAGCAGGCAUGGCUACUGCAAAAAUUUUGCAUCACCUCCAGAGAAGCUCAUCGCUGGAACCCUGGGCAUCAUCUGGUUUGCCUUAUUGAUUGCUCUGGUGAUCUCAACCAGAAUUGUUUCUCCAUCACAAACUUGUGCUCAUUGUCCAAAGGAAUGGAUCUUAUAUUCUCACCAUUGUUAUUACAUUGGCAUGGAAAGAAAAUCUUGGAAUGACAGUUUGGUGUCCUGCAUUUCCAAAAACUGUAGUCUGCUUCAUAUAGAUAGCGAAGAGGAGCAGGCCUUUCUGCAAUCCCUUUCACUGGUCUCAUGGACUGGCGUCUUUCGGAAGAGCAGAGGUCAGCCCUGGGUCUGGAAAAAUGACUCAACUUUCAAACCAAAGAUAGCAGAGAUUCCCCAUGAUGAAUGUAACUGUGCCAUGAUGUCAGCUCCUGGUCUCUUAGCAGACAGCUGUACAACAUUACAUCCAUAUCUUUGUGAGUGUAAAUUCACCAACUGAAAUAGCUGCAUUCGAAGUCUGACAG